ACACCAUUGUAAGAUAUUCUCCAUUCUUAUAGACACUCCAUGACAUAGCUACUUUUCACUGUCCCUCAUGUCAGACUGGAGGACAAGAGGCAGCAUGUAUGAAUAUUGCAUGGACAUACAUUCAAUGCUCUCCCUCAGCUUCCCUCCUGGGGCCAGGUGAAGACUGAGUGGGGAGAAUGAAAGGUUAUCUCAGGGUACUUCUGUAACAAACAGGAAGUCCUUAUUUUUUCCAAAGCGCAAUAAUCUGUAGCUGCUAAUAAAUAAUUCACGUCACUAUUGACAGGUCUAAUUUAACCAGGCAGGGUAUGGCAGCAGAUGAUGUAUGUACUGUGUAAGUCAUUCGAGACAGACAAUGAAAUAACAUCUAAUCUUCGGUUUGCCAGUGAGGAUGAAACUGGAUUGAAUUAGUCUGCAUGGACUUCCUUUGGCGUCUGUGUCAAGUGGCCGGAAGGAGCUGAUGUAAAAGCAUCCAGUGAGCACUUUCUGCCUGAUAUUGCAUUGUUGGUGUUGUAUGCAGGGGACCGACACGGACUGCAUCCACCAGCAGCAGCACACACCCCUCAGCGCCGGUGAUGCGUCCCGGCGGCGGCAAGGGCACGGACCACUCCUCCUGAGAGUCGUCUCGACUUUAGAAUGGUGCAGAAAUCUCUCAACGGCGGGGUUUACCCAACUCAAGCCGGAGAGAAGAAGCACAAAGUCGGCUUUGUUGGACUGGACCCCGGCGCUCCGGAAUCCAGCAGAGACGGGGCGCUGCUGAUUGCGGGCUCGGAAAACACCAAGCGGAGCAGCAUCCUCUGCAGACCCAGGUCUAGCAUCUCCGCUGGAAGACCGAGACCCUCCAAGAAGAAUGCCAGUUAUCGGAAACUGCAGAAUUUCCUCUACAAUGCGCUGGAGAGACCGCGGGGAUGGGCGUUCGUAUACCAUGCUUAUGUAUUCCUGUUGGUUUUCUCCUGUCUCAUCCUCUCCGUCUUUGCCACCAUCAAAGAGUUCAAGAAUAGCUCAGAGAGUGCCUUGUACAUCUUGGAAAUUGUGACCAUUGUGGUGUUUGGGGUGGAGUACAUUGUGAGGAUAUGGUCUGCAGGCUGCUGCUGUCGAUACAGAGGAUGGAGGGGAAGGCUGAAGUUUGCCAGAAAGCCUUUCUGUGUCAUCGACAUCAUGGUGCUGAUCGCUUCAGUUUCUGUCCUGGCCGCUGGGUCCCAGGGGAACGUCUUUGCCACCUCGGCCAUCAGGAGUUUGAGAUUCCUGCAGAUCUUACGCAUGCUGCGAAUGGACAGACGUGGAGGCACCUGGAAGCUGCUGGGGUCUGUGGUUUAUGCCCACAGCAAGGAGCUCAUCACAGCCUGGUACAUCGGCUUCCUCUGUCUGAUCCUGGCCUCGUUCCUGGUCUACUCGGUAGAGAAGGAGUUGAAUGACGAGUUUGAAACCUACGCUGAUGCUCUGUGGUGGGGACUGAUCACUCUGACCACCAUUGGUUAUGGUGAUAAAGUUCCUAAAACCUGGUAUGGACGGUUGCUGGCUGCCACCUUCAGCAUGAUUGGAGUCGCCUUCUUUGCGCUUCCUGCUGGCAUCCUGGGUUCUGGUUUUGCCCUCAAAGUCCAAGAGCAGCACCGGCAAAAGCAUUUUGAGAAGAGACGAAAUCCUGCAGCGAGCCUCAUCCAGGCCGCCUGGAGGUUUUAUGCUACCAACCUUUCCCGCACAGACCUGCUGAGCACAUGGGAUUUUUAUGAGCAGACUGUGGCUAUUCCAAUGUACAGAAUAAUUCCACCCCUGAAUCAGCUGGACCUGCUGAGAAAUCUGAAGGGCAAAUCAUUCAGGAGAGACCCUCAGCCCGACACCUCUCCCAGUCGCAAGGCCAGUCUGAAGGACAAGGUGUUUCCCAGUCCUUCCAAGGCUUCCCUGGCCAAGGUCAAGGUCCAGUCUCCAGGGCCAGAGGAGGGUCCUGAGGCCAGUCCCAGCAAGGUCAGCAAGAGCUGGAGCUUCACAGAGAAGAACCGAGGUCCAAAACACGCCUUCAAAGGUCGGGGUGGUCCACUGCGUCAAAACUCUGAGGAGGCGAGUCUUCCUGGAGAGGAAAUUGGUGACGAUAAAAGCUGCCACUGUGAGUUUCUCACUCAAGAAUUACCUCCAGGAUUGAAGGUUACAAUAAGGGCAAUCUGUGUCAUGAAGUUCCUGGUGUCAAAGAGAAGAUUUAAGGAGAGCCUGAGACCAUAUGAUGUCAUGGAUGUGAUAGAGCAGUAUUCUGCAGGUCACCUGGACAUGCUGUCACGCAUCAAGAACCUGCAGUCCAGAGUCGACCAGAUAGUUGGCAAAGGUGCAAAAGGUGAAGGAGAAGCUGAGGACCAGAGCAUGAUGGGACGUCUGGUCAAAGUUGAAAACCAGGUGGUCUGCAUGGACAGAAAACUCGACUUCCUCGUCGGUGUGUACCUGCAGCGAAUGGGGAUCCCUCGCUCCGAAACAGAGGCCUUCUUCAACUCCAAAAAUUCAUAUCCAGCCCCACCCUACCACAGUCCAGAGGAGACAAAGGAAGAAGAAAAAGAGGAGGUGAAGGAGGAAAAGGAGGUGAAGACAUGCUCCCCUGCAGAUAUUCCCUGCUCUGAUGGAUCACUGGAAAAGAAAGAUCCUUUACUGGGUCGAUCUGUGGCCAGGUCAGUGGGCACUCCCUCUGGCAGCCGCCCCUCUACCUCUUGGCAGCACCAACUCCAGCACCCCCUCAGCCAGCCUGCCUGGAACAGCAGCGUGGCCAACACCCCUUCACCUGUCGGUGGCAGCUGUGAGCACUCACCCACCCUGUUUCGCCUUCCUCCUCCCCCGGUUCAUGACCGUUCAUCCUCAUACCUGGGCGGCAACAGCAGAGAGAGCAUCUGCCAGAGCAGUAGGCGCCACAGGAGGCAGGGGUAUCAGCAGGAUGCCACGGCUGUGGAGAGCGACACGUCCCUUUCCAUCCCGUCUGUCGACCACGAGGAGCUGGAGCGCUCUUUCAGCGGCUUCAGCAUCUCCCAAGCCAAGGAGGAUUUCUUUGGUCCUUCAUUCUUCACAGGCUCAGGUGGUGGAGUAGGAGCAGGGACUGAAGCUGGGCCUGGGAGUUCACUCUGUGCCAGAGUCAGACCCUUUAUAGCAGAAGGUGAAUCAGACACAGACUCUGACCUGUAUGCACCCUCACCUCUGUCCUUCACUGGGGAGAUGGUUGGAGAGAGGGGUUGGCCUGGACUGAAGUAGGUCUGUGGAGAAAGAAGGAGCUUCAGUUGCCAACGAGAGACCUGUCAUGAGACUGUGUAGCCACAUUAUUAUUAUUGCUGUUACAAUUUCAGAAUAUCGUAGAUUUAGUGAAUGUUUACGUUCAGCUUGUUGAUCAAGAAAAAUGGUAAAAAAAAAAAUGUUAAUGGUAUUUUUUUCUCAUUAUGGUACUCUGGUUACAGUUUAUGAUGUUGCACCUUCACAGCACUGCAUAAUUAAAGUUACACAAAAAAUUUUACACAUUUUUUUACCUAAUCGGGACCUGAGCACCGACAAGAUCACAAUGUGAUACAGUGACAUCAGAGGCCCUUCCUGCGUCUGUGAGAUUAUAUUUUCAUGAUUUCUCUAAACAUAAAUAUGGAAAUUCGUGGGAAAUUUGGGCAAAAUUAAACAGAGAUAAUUGUUCUUUAGGGUUAAACCAACAUGUUAAAGUGGACUCUGGAUUUGACAUGACUGCCAUCUGUUGGUCAUUUUAUCCCUUCAGUUGCUACUAAUCUGUAGUGUCAACUAACAUUUGAUGAGAGUAAGUACCACAGUUGCUUCAACUUUAGAGUCAAAGUACUAAACAUACUGACAUAACAAUAUGCAUGUUGACAUAAAAAGUGGUUAAAACUAAAAUUGAAAUUAGAGGCAGCCAUCUUGGGUGUCAAUUCAAAAUGGCCUCAGUUUCUGUCAGUUUGUAUGACAACAAUUAAAGUAAAUGUUCUAUGAAGAUGUAACUGUUCCUACCUGUGUGAGGAGGUGCUCAGGCCCAGUGGAUGCUGCCUGCAGCCCCAGUGUUUUGUUCCCCUUGUUUCCUCUGAUGACACAGACAUCAAUGAGAGUGUGGCACUCAUAGUUUUGCAUUGAACAUGACAUUGAUUUCAAUCAAAAAAAAAAAAAAACGAAAUAAGGCAUUUUCUUUACUUUAGCAUUUACAUGAACUUUAGCAGAUCUUUAGUUCAACUCUGACCACUCGAACAUUGGAACAGUGGCCGUUAGUGAGGCGAGAUUGUUAGGCUAUAUGUGGUUAGCAUAGUGUCUUGAUAACUUCUAUACCUUUGAUAACAUGAGGUGUUAUGAUGCCAAAAAAGAGUAAAAUGCAGCUACAAUGCAAUACAAUACAAUUAGAUUCUUGCAAAACUAAAAAGAAAGUGCCCGCUUCUCAGCAUCAUUGAUUUAGCCUGAUGUUUCCUGAACUACUGAGAGGAAUUCCCCUGACAGUCUUGCAGCUUCAUCAUUAUUCAUCAAGCAGUCAACGCAGUCAAUGCAUGGCAUGUGAAGUUGUCCAUUCGUGGACUGUGUUCACAAAAGUGAACAAACAUUGGUAAAACGCGGUUCAUUUUCCCCACUUUUGUUUCUGUAAAGACAGUCAGUUGUGAAUAGAAACAUUAAACCUCCUGACUGGAGGUGGUUUGACUGGUUUCAAGCUGCAGUUCAUUUUUAGGCAGCUUCACUUGAAUUCCAAUCAUGUGCAGCCUGUGCUAAGUUCAAGACAUUUUCCUUUCACAAAAAAGGGAAAAACUAUAGACAUAGAGGUGUGUGUAUGGACGUUAGCUCCCACCUUUUGUAUUAUUUUGCACACUCGGUGACUAAAGUGCAAAUGUUGGACUGAGCAGUUCCUGGUGAGACGUGAAGCAUUUUGGCAACAAAUGUUUCAUGUCAACAUCUCAACAUUCAACAAUGAGGAAGAUGCAAUAAAAUUGGAGCGUGAGCUGCCCAUUAACAACGAUAUCAACAUGGCCUUAUUUUCACACCAAAAUCCAUUGUUUUGUGAGUAAACAAGCAGUUUGACUCUGACUACUUCAUGAACCAUUGCUGGUGUUUCCACACAGAUGAACCUUCUCUGUGUCCUGAGAGUGGAUGAUUAAAGUUUUACAAACUCCUGGAAUUCAGGGUGGGCAUGUACAGGCAGCAUGAAGAGGUGGAGUAACAAAUUAUUGUCACUAGUCAAAGUUAAGUUUGUUAAGACAGACAGAUGGACAUGAUAAUGGAAACACUGUAAAAGCUGUUCAUUCACAUCCAUAUUUUUCUGAACAGAAGUGAGACAGUCUGUGUCUGACGGGCUUGUACACUCCUGACCAUGAAACAGCACCACGUCAUGUAACUGCACUCUUUUCCUCUUCAAUAAUAAAACUUUGUACAUCAACCAAGGGCUUAUCUUUAAAAACAUUUAAACAGCACCGUGAGUGGACCGGCAGUGAGAUCAGAUGUAAUGAUGUUCUGUUCUCACUAGAUGGCAGUAAAGAUCUAUUUGAUAGAAUUACUAUUUUAGGCUUUGAGGAAGACGAAGAUAUAGACGUGGUAUUUUAAUCUUCUGAUUAAGUUUCGGCAUCAAUGUUUUGACUUCUCCCAACUAUUAAUACUUAGCCUUGUUAUUUUUACAAAAACAGCCCCCCCCCCUCCCCCAGGCCCCCAACUGACAGUAUCAUUGGCCUUUGUGACUUACACUUGUAUCUGUUACCCUACAACUAGACUAGCCUGACCCUAGUUUAGCUGUCACUUUUUGCAAUAUUGUGUUUUGGUCAAGUGGUCAGAUAAACCAUUACAGCUUUACAACUUCACAGCCACACUGGUCUAACAUGCAGUUGCAGGCUGUAGACUGCAGGGUGUACAGCAGCUGUGUGUCCACACGCCUCUAUGGUGUAAAACUGAGCUGUUUUAUUACUUUGUAAAUUUUUACCUGCUUUUCUCAUGCAGCUUUUAUUUGACAACCAAUAUAACAAACCUUGUUGAUUAUGGUGCUCAACCUGGGGUCAGCUAAUUUGUUAAGUGUUGUGAGAGCAGGGUUUUCAUUGAAAGGGCGAUACAAACUGCAAUUGAUUGGCUCAUUUAUAAAAGUCAAAUGAUGGCGACACAGCACAUAUACACUGUAGUGAGGCUAAUUUACCCAGUGGAGAAUUGACCACCGGUAGCACAAAACAAAGGACAUACAUCCAGCAAGGCCAGGCAAUGUGAGUCAUUUACAGUUUUCUGUGCAAUGCUUCCAGGCAGUUACAGAAAUGCUGCAUGGCAAGAAUGCCUUCAUGUAUAUUAUAUUUUGAAGAACAUGUAGUAAUAUAUACACAAACAUGUGUUGUCAAUAGAUAAAAUAGAUCCACACAAACCAGAUUUUACUGAGAUGUUUUUCAAUGAAACUAUUAGAAUAUCUAAGCGUUUCAGCCCAUCCUCAUCAGCCAGCUCUUUAACUUGAGCCUGUCCAAGAUUAGUAUUUAAACAGAACCAUUACAAAAGUGAGGGUCGCUGACCUCUUUGUGAUGAAUGAUAAGAGCUAACAAUCAAUGAGACCAUUAGUGAUCUGACAGUUAUGAGAGAAUGUUCUAGCGGGGAAGGACAGAUGGACGCCAUGUCUCUUUGUUAUGGCAUGUACCGAGCACCGUGGACAGAAAUGCAAUAAAAAAUGGGACUCUACCACGGUCCUCCCUGUUCACCUCCCCUCUCCACUGAUUUCACCUUCUCAUGAGAACAAAUGACACUGAUGCCCUGCACAACGGCCGCACAUGACAUGUACAAAAACGACCUUCCCGUAUGUGCGUUCUCUCUUAAUGAGCAGAGAUUAAAUAUAAAAUCGUAAUUUGUUUUUUACAGCAGAAUCCACUCUGUGUCCUUGAACGCAACCCUGUUUGUGCAGUCAGAGAGAAUCUGCUCUAGGUUCAGAUUUUUUUUUAUGUACAUUGUUAGUUAGCAGACUAAAGUCCACCAGGGGCAGUCAUGGACAGCCUUCAUUUGUCUUUAUAUCUUUUUCAUGACACACAAACACACAAAGGUAAAACAUGUGUAAGUCCGUAAUAACUGCGGGUGUGGGGAUGUAACGAUCGUGUAAAUAUAACCAGUUAACUGAGAUUUAUUACACAAUGGCUGCCUUUCAGACGACAAACCAAACAUGUGACCAUUGAUAUGGGUUCACUGCUGAAUCAAUAUGGCUUUGAUAUUCACAUAUGAAUGGACCUUAAAACACCAGCACAUGAAAAGAUUUUUUUUCAAGGCCACAGGCUGCUGUGAGCAGCACCACAGUUAUAACCUUGGAUACAUCCAAAUGCACAACAUUUGAACACCUGUUAAAUAAUAAUAAAAUUAGAUCCAAUUAAGCAAUAUUAUGACAGAUUAUUAAAACUUCACUGCAACUAUAUUUUAGUA